AUGGACUCCGGCUCCGGCCCUAAGCGUCGUAAGCUCGACCACUCGAGCUUCGCCCUCCGUCAUGCCGCCCUCAUCGAUUUCGAGUCCCGCGAUGCGGCCCGCAUGUCCACGGCCAGCAUGUUCACUCUGCAGACCGACGAGCUCCUCAAGGGUUCCCGCGUGGACUAUGCCAAGGUCUUGGACGGGGUCGACACUCUGCUUCACCGUCUGAAGGGUGUCAUUGACUCUAUACCUGCUCACGAGGCCGUUCCCAUCUCCGAAGCAACGCCCGAGUUCGAGAAGAAGCACAGCAUCUCGAUCCCCUACCCCGACCCGAAACCGCCCAAGGACGCGCCCUACAAGCUCGCCUUCGACAGCCCGGCCCAGUGCAACGUCGUGGGCAGCUACGUCUCGCGCACGAUGGUCAAGACCCAGACGGCCUUCUCCGUCGACAUGGUGGUGCAGAUGCCGCGGUCCCUCUUCCAGGAAAAGGACUACCAGAGCAUGCGCUACUUCUACCGUCGCGCAUACUACAUCGCCUACAUCGCCGCCCAUCUCCGCAAGGAGCUGGGCGACCACGUCGACGCCGAGUACUCUCUUCUCCACGACAACAGUCUGCUUCCUAUCCUCGUUCUCCGCCCCCGUCCUGCUGCUGCUGACGAGGAGGACGAUGAGGGAAAGAAGGAGGAGGAGAAGAAGGCGACGAAGAAGACAAAGGCCAAACCUUACACUGUUCGCAUCAUCCCCUGCGCACCAGAGGACCUGUUUCCCCCGUCCAAGCUCACGCCCACGUCGGCCAACAAUGCCGACCGUCAACAGGCCGGUAUCGGCAAGGAGAAGGAGAAACGCGCGAGUCCGUUCUACAACUCUACCCUCAAGGCGGAGAGCACCUUCAUCACCUACCUCCGGCUCCUGACCAAGGCCAAGACGGACUGCCCGUCCUUUGCCGACGCUUGCCUGCUGGGCCGGAUAUGGCUCCAGCAGCGCGGCUUCGGCGGCCCGGUGUCGCAGGGGGGUUUCGGCCACUUCGAGUGGGCCGUCAUGGUGGCCCUCCUGCUCCGGUCGGGCGGGCGCAACGGCAAGGCUGCUCUGUCCAGCUCCCUCAGCAGCACCGAACUUUUCAAGGCCGUAAUCCACUUCCUCGCCGAUACCGACCUCACCAAGAAGCCGCUCAUCCUAGGCGGUGGCGCCGCCGCCGCCGCAGCGGCCGCCGAGCCGGGUGGCAGCCCCGUCGUGUAUGACUCGUCGACCGCGCUCAACAUCCUGCACCGUAUGACGCCUUGGUCCGCCGGCCUCCUCCGCACCCACGCCCGGUCCACGGCCGACCUGCUCGCCGACGAAGCUGCCGACAAGUUCGCCCCCAUCUUCAUCAUGCGCGUCAACGUGUGGUCGCAGCUCUACGACUCCGUGUUCGACAUCGACUCGCCCGACAUGCUCGUACCUACGGCGGCAUCGUCCGACUCGCGCGGACCCGUAUGGGACUACGCGUCGGGCGUGUACAAGGUCCUCAAGAGGGCGUACGGCGACCGUGCCGAGCUGAUCAACAUCCAGCAGCCGGGAACGGCAUGCUGGUCCCUCGGGGGGACUGCGUCUUCCCAGCAGCAGCAGCAGCAGCGGCGGCGCCGGCGGCUGGUCGUGGGUGUCAUCUUCAAUGCGCACAACAUGCCCCGACAGAUGGAGCGCGGCCCGCCUGCAGAGGAGCAGCGCGACGCCGCGCGUUUCCGGCAAUUCUGGGGCGACAAGGCCGAGCUCCGACGCUUCAAGGACGGCAGCAUCCUCGAGUGCGUGGAGUGGACGGGCCGUCAGGCCGUGGACAUAUGCGAGGAGGUGACGCGGCACGCGCUGGCACGGCACGUCAAGCUGACACACGACGAGGUGUCGUUCCUGGGGGGCUCGCUGUCGUCGUCCAUCAUCGCCCUGUCUCACCUCGACAAGCCGGCCUUCGACGCGGCGCGCCAGGCCUUCCAGACGUUCGAGCACGACGUGCGUAGCCUCGAGGAUCUGCCGCUGCAGAUCCGCCAGCUGGCGCCCGUGUCCCCGCUGGCGCGGUACACGUCGAUCCUACCGCCCAUCCCGGGGGCGGCCUUCGCCGGCGGCUUCGAGCCCAUGGACGUCAACAUGUACUUUGAGGUGUCGAGCCGGUGGCCCGAGAACCUGAUCGCCAUCCAGGAGACCAAGAUCGAGCUCCUGCUCGACCUCGACCGCCGCCUAACCUCGGCCUAUGACACCAUCACCACCUUCCUCGGCCGCGACGACCGCGCCAUCGACUCCGAGGCAAACCUGGCCUACCUGGACGUCGUGUACGACACCGGCGCCGCCUUCCGCGUGCGCAUCUACAGCGACGUCGAGGAGACGCUGCUGGAGCGCCGCGUCAGGAACCGCUCCCUGCAGGGCUACGUGCGCGACGCCGUGCAGGACAAGCUCCUCGCCUUCAGGUGGGACCACUCCACCGCGCCGCUGCACACCCAGACCGUCGCCACCUUCUGCACCAGGCUCCCGGCCCUGUCCCCCGCCAUCCGCCUGGCGAAGCAGUGGUUCAGCAGCCACAAGCUGUCGGCCCACGUAUCCGACGAGGUCAUUGAGCUGCUCGUGCUGUCCGUCUUCCUGUCUCCGUACCCGUGGGGCGUCCCCUCGUCCGCGUCGACCGCCUUCCUGCGCACGCUCGACUUCCUGUCUAGAUGGGACUGGCGCGAAGACCCCCUCAUCCUGAACACCUCUACGACUGACAAUGACGACGGUGACAACGAAAACAACAACAACAACAACAGCGGUAGCAACGAGGACCGCCGCGCAUCCAUCCGCCGCGACCUGGAGACGUGGCGCAAGCGCGACCCAAACAUGAACAACCACGCCGCCCUAUUCAUCGCCACAUCGACCAGCCCUUCUGGGCAGACGUACACGCGCAACGGCCCGUCCAGGCUGGCCGCCUCGCGCAUGACGCGUCUCGCCCGCGCCGCCUGCUCCCUCCUGCGGGACCGGGACGUCCGCCUCAACGUCACCUCCCUCUUCGAGCCUUCCCUGACAGACUACGACGUCCUGUUUCACCUGUCGCCCAAGGCGAUCCGAUCCGUCAUGCGCUCCGCCUCCGGCGCCUCUCGCACCACCAGGUCCAAGCACCAACAGCAACAGCAGUUCAAGAACCUCGCCGGCAGCGCCGCCUCGUCGUCGUCCCCCACUCUUAUGCCAACGAGGGACCACCCGGUCAACGUGCUCCUCUCAAGACUCCGCGACAUCUACGACGACACCAUCAUCUUCUUCCACGGGAGAUUCGACACCGACCACCUGGACGAGUACGACUGUGUAGUUGCCGCCAUCUGGAAUCCCAAGUUGCGCACUCAGAAGUUCAGACCUGGCCUGUCGUAUAACUUUGCUAGGGUCGGGGAUGGCGUCGACGCUGACGGCGAUGUCGUCGAGAUUAAUCGACCUGCUGUCUUGUUGGAGAUUGCACGGAUUGCAGGGGAUCUGAUUUCCGAGAUUGAGGUUGUCGCUGAUGAUGAUGAGGAGGCAGAGGACGAUGAUGAGUAG